GUAUUCAAAUUAAAAUUGAUUAGAAUUCCCUUGUGUUGUACCUGAAGUAGGGGAGUACCCAAUGAAGCGUCUGUUGCAAUGACUGAGUCAUGCCGGCAGGUGGCGUCGUGGGACAAACAAGCGAGUUUGGAUCUUUACUGGCUAAUCCCGGGAUUAGUCCACAUUAAUCUGGGUCACACGGUCGCCUUCAACCUGUCAUUAUUUAUUUUUCUACUAAAGGACACUUUUUAAGUUUCAAGUUCGCCAACUGCCCAGCGGAACCCUUUCUGGACCUUCCGACGGGCGCCUAUAGUCCCGAUGACGUUGCUCUCGCCCGGCGGUCCACUUUGACGCGAAGCAUGUAAAUCCACCUGGCAGUAAAUCCUCUAAAGCGGAUCAGGUCCAGGACGCCUGGGGGAUCAUAAUUAUGGUUGCGAGGUCGUGUGCGGCUGGACGCGAAGAACUGGACUUGACCUGAACGAUUCUGGGGGGAUCUUCUGGAGGCUCCUGGAGGACCAUGACCCACGCAGGGGACGUCCAGACUAUUGUGGCCCGUGCAGGUGGCAGGUGGGGUACAUGGUGGUGACUCUCUCACGUCCUAACAAGCAGAAUGAAUCCCUAUGGCUCCGCCCUCAAUCGCAGCCAAUCGCUGGCGAGCGGCCUGGAGAAGUGGACCAAAGCGCCGCACUCGCGCAGCAGCAGCACGCUGUCCUCGCGGCACUCCCGACAGGUGAUCAAAGAUUGGGAAGUGAUCGAUGACGCCCAGCUGGACGUCAACGCUGCGGGAGAACUCGGCACUCCUGGAAUGUGUGAAGGUUAUCUGCUCAAGAGGAGGAAGUGGCCGCUCAAAGGAUGGCACAAGCGAUACUUUGUCCUGGAGGGAGGGAUCUUGAGGUACUGCAGAAACCAACAAGAUGUAUCCAUAGGACGAGUGCAGGGUUCUGUGGACAUUAGCAAUGCCGUCAUGUCCAUCAACAAGAAGUCCAACCGUAUCGACUUGGACGCGGGGGACAUUCUGUAUCACAUGAAGGCCAAGAGCCACGAGCUCUUCUACAUCUGGGUGACCAAGCUGCAAGCUCACCGCUCCUACAGGAAGAGCGAGGCGGCCGUCCUUCCUAACGGACACCUGGCGAGCGUGUCAGCUGACAGCAGCCGGUCCAGGUGCUUCUCCAGCGAGCUCCUCCUCCUACCUGUGCAGAGCGCUGUGGGCGUGGCCUCUGUAGCCCCGCCCUCCGCCAACAACAAGGUGUCAGCGUGGCUGCAGCAGAGUCACCCUCCUGACACCUGUGCUCAAGAGCUCAACCGCUGCCAUCUGGACCUUUCAGAACUCAACCGUCUGAUCCAGAGGCUGCAGCUGCUGGAGGCGGGGCCAGCGUUGACUAACGGCCAGCUCCAGCGCAUCAUCAGCACACAGAACCUUUCCCUGGAGAAGCCCAAGAAGCCAAAACCUGGACGAGUGCGGGGUCACUCUCGUACUCUGUCCAGGGUGGAAGCGCUGGGAAUGCCUGUUCGCAGGAUAACCAAAUCGUUGUCCUCCAGCCCUUUGACUAGCUCCUCCCACUUCGGCGCCUCCGUCCCCUCCAUCCCGGACUACGUCUACUCCCAGCUGUCCCCGCCCACGUCCACGUCGGCCGAAGGCAAGAAGAUCCAGCAGGACAUCUGCGCCGUGUCGCUACGAGUUCUCACCUCCCUGCAGUCCGUCCACCACACGCUCUGUCGGGAGAGUCACAAGCUACAAGAAGUCUGGGAGGACAACCACGAGGUGCCGCUCCUGUUCUGGAGUCCACCGCGAAGUCAGCGCCAUCUAACGAUGCGUGCUCUCCUUCCUGUGGCGGCGGCGAGGCGUCCGUCCCACAGGCCCGCCUCUGUGGCCGAGUCGGCCGCCGAGUAUUUUGAUGCCAGUGACGACAUCCUCUUUGGGAGCUCCUCUGACGUGUCCGAGGAAUCUGGACUGAGCGACGGAAGCACGUCCAACUCGGAGCCUGAAGAAGGACACGAAUCGGUCACCCGGAAGUACCGAGCCAGCAUUUCCAGGACCCCUCACAGCGCGGCCCCCAGGAGCAGCGGACGCCGGACCACGCUUCCCGCUGCGUGUCCAGACAACAGUCACGUGGGCCUGAUGGCCAUCCUCUACAACAACAUCGGCAAAGACUUGGCCCGCGUGUCCAUGCCCGCCGCCCUCAACGAGCCCGUCAACCUGCUGCAGAGACUCUGCGAGGAGCUGGAGUACAGUCAGCUGCUGGACACCGCCAGCAACACCGCGGACCCGUUCCAGAGGAUGGUGUACAUCGCCGCCUUCGCCAUCUCCGGUUACUCCACCGCCGCCUUCCGGAGUCGCUACAAGCCCUUCAACCCGGUCCUGGGAGAAACCUACGAGUGUGUGAGAGAGGACCGCGGCUUUUGCUUCGUCAGCGAGCAGGUGUGUCACCAUCCUCCCAUCUCAGCCUGCCAUGCAGACUCAGACAACUUCUCCUUCUGGCAAGACCAGAGGUGGAAGAACAAGUUCUGGGGCAAGUCGCUGGAGAUCGUGCCGACCGGAAUGGUGAACGUCACGCUGUCCAGGUACGGAGACCACUACGAGUGGAACAAAGUGGUGACCUGCAUACACAACGUGCUGAGUCAGCAGCGCUACCUGGAACAUUACGGCGAAGUCACCAUUCGCAACCUGAAGAGCAACGCGUGCACCUGCAAGAUCACCUUCGUGAAGUCUCGCUACUGGGGUUCCGAGGCCAACAAGAACGAGGUCCAGGGCACGGUGCUGGACCAGAGCGGCAGUGUCGUUCACCGCUUUGGAGGUCUGUGGCAUGAAGGCAUCUUCUGUGACACACUGCCCACGCCCAAGUGCGUCUGGAAGCCAAACCCACAGCCCAAAGACCACCUGCUCUACUACGGCUUCUCCGCCUUUGCCAUGGAACUCAACGAGCUCACGCCAGACCUCAGGCCUCUGCUGCCCCCUACAGACACCAGGCUGCGGCCCGACCAACGAUUGCUGGAGGAAGGACAAGUGGACGAGACGGACAGAAAGAAAGACGAGAUCGAGGAGCGCCAGCGGGAGAUGAGGAAAGAGCUCGGCAAAAAAGGGGAGGAGCAUGUUCCCGCUUUCUUCAAAAAAGCCAAAGAUUGUUGCAGCCGUGACGUGUGGUUGACAAAGGGAACGUACUGGAAGCUCCGAAAGGACCCGGGCUUUGCCAACAUGGCCAGUAUAACUUUAUGGUGACACACACACACACACACACACACACACACACACACACACACACACACACACACCUGGUUUGGUUGUGAGGACCUCCGCACGCCACUGAGGAGCUAAAACAGCAAACGCUGCCUUGACUUUUGUGACGUGGAGAGCGAGGAUGGUUCCGAUCCGUGACUGGCUCAUGGGCACCAUCAGCUUUUUUCAACAACACAUAAUUGUUAUAAAUGUAUCUUCUCUAUUAAAACAUUCAAUCACUCACGUUUGGUUUGAAACCACAUUUGUGACAAACAGAUCUUUAUUGGAAUAGAAAAACAACAACAAUACUCACUGGCGCCACCUUCAAUAAAUAACACUUUUCCUUUCCAAAAAAUCUCAUUUCAUAAAUCGAAAAUUGAUGAGAGGAUUAUUGCUCGGUUAACAUUUGAUGUUCUGUACAUGCUCCUCCUGUCCUUGUUGAAAAUAAGUGCAUUUAUCGUUCAUUUGAUCGAUUUAUUCCUGCUUUUAUUCGGGAUGCUGCAUAUGUUGGGUGUCAAAUAACAGCACGUGACCAUUAUACCUCUCCGAUUGUCUUCCUGCGUUACCCCAGGGGUAUCCGAAGCGUUGCCUGCAGCAAAUUCUUUUUAACGGCACGCGGCACAUUCAUAAAAUAAUAUAAAAGAGUGGAAUACAAGAGCAAACAGGUAAAUGUAACAAGAAAAAAUUGGCAAUGUUGACUUUUUUUUUUUUUUUGGUCAUUGCUCAAAAAAUAAUAAUGAAUCAAAAUCAAUGUUGUUUUGAAUUAUCCAUCCAUCCAUCCAUCUUCUUCCGCUUAUCCGAGGUCGGGUCGCGGGGGCAGCAGCCUAAGCAGGGAAGCCCAGACUUCCCUCUCCCCAGCCACUUCGUCCAGCUCCUCCCGGGGGAUCCCGAGGCGUUCCCAGGCCAGCCGGGAGACAUAGUCUUCCCAACGUGUCCUGGGUCUUCCUCGUGGCCUCCUA